ACCGCCCCCUGCGCCGCGGCGGGGCCGGGAGUGGCGGCGGGCCCCGGGCCGGGCCCGGAGGGCGCAGAAAUGUCUCGCUUUGAAAAUAAAGGACUAAUACUGGGCAUAAUGGCAGGGACUGCUGGAAUAAGCCUGGUCGUGAUUUGGUACCGCAAGGUCCGAAAACCUGGUGCAGCUGUGCGUAUACCUGACUUUGCAGAUGUAGGUAACAAGCUUAAUUCUGUAGGCGUGCAACAUGAAACUCAUAACGAGCAAGGGGCGGUAAUGGCUUUACACAGGAGGCAACUGCAGAUACUAGAAAAAUUGAAUGACUUGCUAAUAAGUGUGGAUGAACUGAAGAGAGAGGUGAAAUUUCUGAAAGAAGCUAUUCCAAAGCUUGAAGAGCUUGUUCGAGACGAGCUCCAAGGGAAGGGAGAUGCUCAGAGAGUUAGCCCAUCACACAGAGCAGCAAGGCGGAGAAAAGCUGAGACAACUCCUGCAAAAGAAACUACCAGCUCUGAAGAGGCAGAAAGUGAAGGAGGUUACCUCACAGCUCAUACUGAUACUGAAGGAGAUUCUGAGGAAGAAAAGUGGUGUAAGAAAUCACCUGAUGUCACUGUGCAAUCAGAAGAAGAAGAGUUACUUACUCUUCUACAGCAGGUGGACAGUUUGCACAAGGGUUCAGAAGAUGAUAAAAAGGAGAGCUUCAGGCUGCUACUUGAGAAAGAUGACAAGUAUGAAAACUGUGUGGACUUUCUUUGGAGAGUUGCACGUGCGUAUGGAGAUAUGUUUGAGAUGACUUCUGAUACUGAGGAGAAGAAGAAAUAUGUUUCUGAUGGAAAGGAUAAAGCUGAAAAGGCUGUCCAGCUGGAUGCCAGCAGUGCUGAGAGUCACCAGUGGUUUGCAAUUAUGUGUGGCUAUAUGUCUCAGUUUGAAAGUGUUCAAAACAAAAUCAGGAAUGGUUAUCUCUUUAAGGAGCACCUAGACAAAGCAAUUGAACUUAAACCUCAAGAUCCUUUUUUAUAUUACCUAAAUGGAAGAUGGUGCUAUUCAGUAGCUCAGUUGUCUUGGCUUGAAAAGAAAGUAGCUGCUGCUCUCUUUGGGACUCCACCAACUUCAACAGUAGAAGAAGCAUUGCAGAAUUUUCUUAAGGCAGAAGAAAUGCAUCCAGGAUAUUCCAAAUACAAUUAUGUGUAUUUGGCAAAGUGCUAUAAAGAUCUUGGCCAGAAAAACAAUGCACUGAAGUACUGUGAUUCUGCACUGUCAGUUCUCUCUGUUACUAAUGAGGUUGGAUUAUUGCAGUUGUUCGUAUCUACAGCUGUAAAGAAAAAAAUAAUCUUUGUUUGAGGGAGGGACUGUGUCAGGGACUAGUCCGUGUCAGAGGCUGUCAGAAAUUGAAUUGCAGUCUUUGUAAUUCAACCCAUAGCCGUUGAGCAUGUUACUGUUCUGAAAUUUUGCCUCAGACCUACUUUUUCUCAGUUGAAAUUACUUGGGAUUUUUGUCCCACAAUGUCUACUUCUGUUCCCGAAAGCCUCUGUUUUGUGAUUGUGUCGAGGCCUGUGGGGCACUGUGUGUUGUUAGCUGCAGCAGAAGUGGAUGAAUUGUUCAAACUUGGUUAUGUCUUCAACCACAAUGUGAUUAAAGUGGCACAGUUAUUUCAGUUAUAUCUGCUGCAACAUAAUUAAUUUUAAGAGAUUGUUAGAUUCCCUUUUAGACCCUUUAGAGUAUUUUAGUAUAUGGGAGCAAAAUUUCUAGAGAUAUUUGUGAGAUUUUAAGUGAUUGAAUUUCUCGAAUGUAAACCAAGUCAUGGCAAGAAGGUUCACUCUUGCCGUCUCAUCUCAUGUAGAAGCAAGUUCCAUAAUUAUCGACCUAUGACUGAAAAAGUGUUACCAUCCUGGAGCGUGACAAGUUCAAACCUGAGCUUUGUCAGCCUAAGGGACCUCCUUUGAGCACAGCAGAUGUGGUAGGGAGAGAGAGAGAGGUGAUUCCAGAGAUGAAUUGGCCCUAUCCCAUUUAGUUCUUUGAAGUUAAGGAAAAAGACCAUUAAAUAGCUCUGUGUUUUGAUUGACAAUAAGCUCUGUGUGUGGAGCACUAACAUGUUUGUCAAAUGUUCCCACUCAGAAGAAAGACCACUGCAUGCCUCACCAGCAGCUGCUCCUGGGUGGCAUUUAUUUUUGGUCCAAAUGAGAGUAUGUACCAAUCAUAAAUUAAGCAAUCAUUGCUUAAGUUCAUUGUUUCUUUAAAUAUAUACUGAUGCAGAUAUAAUAUAAUAAUAUCUUAACUCUUUAUUCUUUACCUAUCGUUGAAAUGUACGUUCGGCUUGCCUAUUUUUACAGAAUGUUUUAACAGAAUUAUCAGUUAUUUUCUACCUUUGCUGCAUAAAGCAUAGGAGAAAUGGUUUGAGAGAGCGCAUGCAACUGCAGUUGCUUGAACUCAGCCUGUUUUGUAUAUAUGUGCUUUGACUGUGUUCGUGCAUUUUAAUUUAAUUUUUUUUUCUGUAUUUAACCUACUACACUUCAGGUCUUAUUGCAAUGAACUCUGUAGCUAUUUCAAACAAACAUAUGUAUCGCAGAAACUUCUGGUAGGCAGAAGGCUGUGUGUGUUUAGUCAUUCAGCAUGUUCAUCAGACUCCUUGGAAAAGUACAUAGAUAGCAUAGAGUUGUAUUCAUCUCUGGUAACAGCAGCUGGACAAAAUUUUGGUGUCAAGUAACAGGUAGCUGCUAAGGCUCCCCAUACACUCAGUGGAGGAAAGAGAGGCUUCCAGGUGCCUCAUCCCGACUCCCUCUGUCCCCUGAUGGCUGAGAGAGACGAGGUGUGAAGACACAUGUAAGAUGCGUACCUGAGACACCUGAUUUCCAGACUUCAUAGUUAAUGGGAGGUGAAUCCUACCUCUAAAAGCCAAUGGCAUCAGUCUAAACAUGAGCUCGGUUCCGUCCUCAGAGUUCAGUGUGUCGUGGGCCACCCUGGGGACAGGGGUUAGUCCCUGCAAAAAGGAUCACCCUAUCACGUUUCUGAAGUGGCAGCAGGCCAGAGGUGAGAGCAGGAAUUUGGGAGCAAUUUGAGGUGCAUGUGUAUUCUGGCGAGCAGAGUGGUGUUGAAAGAAUUAUAUUCGUUUGUGAACUGAAGAAGCAGCAGCAAGCAGCACCCAAAAUCUUUUGUCCACCUGAAGAAGACAGGAAGACAACGUCCUCUUCUGUUUUGACUAAUUCUAUAGAUAUCACAGAUUUGUCUGCUUUGGCUCGUUUGCUUGUUCUGUUUUGAGUUAAGUUUAGAAAAAAGGGUCCAAGAAAACACAGUAUUGGAGCAACCAUGUGUAAUUUUUCUUUUUUUUUUUUUUUAAAGCAGCACAAGGUAACACCAAGCUCACACAUGGGAAUUACUAUAAAAUGGAGAUCUGGAACACAAACUCUGCGAAUGCUAACUGUUACCGUGAAUCCCACUUGAAUUAGAAUAUUAUCUCAUUUGUUUAGAGAAAAACUGUUAAUUCUGGGGGAAACGUUGGAACUGAAAUGAUUCAGAGCUUGGAGCUGUAUGUAGGAAUAACAUUUAGUCAGGCUAGUUUAAGGGAGGGAAGAGACUGUAAUGACUGGAGACUGAAUUGCCUACAGCCCUGUAAAAGACAGGGUUUGUGGUCUGAAAUAGAAAACAGAGUUCAGCAGCAGUUUGACAAUUUCUUUCAGUUUGCCACAGCACAGGAUCUCAAGGUUGUCAGCAGCAUAGGAUGUUGUCACAGUCAUGUGAAACCCAUCAUUCCUAAGUAUAAUCAUAGUUUCUCAUGUGAGUUUUAAAACAUCUCUUUCUUCAGGCAGGGGAAUUCCUUUAUUGUUUCUAAAUGUUGACUUUUUCUGAGAAACAUAUAUGUAUAAAGGCAUAAAAUCAGUUGUAGACUGAGAGACAUACUUGCUGGAAUGGUGCCACAUUGAGGAAAUAUGUAGUAUUUCAUGAUACAAAUCACCCUGCAGCAUAGCUAUGAAAAAUAAUAGUAGAUAAUGGUUUAAUUUUUUUUUUUUUUUUUAUUUUUUGCUUCUGAGCAUCCACAGUUUCCGCUGACUUCAGUGGGAACUAGAGGUACUCGGCAUCAGUAAAAUAGCCCAUAGCUCAUUUUAAACCUCAGGUCAAAUUCUCAGCUGGUCUAACUCAGGGUACUUCUUUGACACUUUGUCUAGGAUUCAUUUCAUGUAACAUUUCAAGCUAAGUGAGAUGGUUUUGGUCUUGGAUGUUGUAUCACAUCCAAAUAGCCUUUCUGUGUGUAUUUUCUACCACUUACAGAAUAUCUUUUUCAUUCAAGUGGCUUCCAAA